CGCCAUCGCCACCAUGUCUGAGCCGGGCCACCUGGGGAUAAAGCGGGCCGAAUCGGCGAGGCUGCGCCGGGCGGAACAGCUGAAGCGCUGGAAAGGCUCCUUGACCGAACUGGAGCCGGUGACUCCCGCCCGGAGCCGGCACCGAGGUGGGGGCCGUGUGCGCUUCGAGGACGGCGCCGUCUUUCUGGCUGCCUGCUCCAGCGGAGACACCGAGGAGGUGAAGCGCCUGCUGGCCCGCGGAGCCCGCCUUAACACGGCCAACGUAGACGGGCUGACGGCGCUACAUCAGGCCUGUAUAGAUGAAAACCUGGACAUGGUAAAAUUUCUGGUAGAAUAUGGAGCCAAUGUAAAUCAGCAAGAUAACGAGGGGUGGACCCCACUUCAUGCAGUUGCAUCUUGUGGCUAUCUGAACAUAGCAGAGUACUUGAUAAAUCAUGGGGCCAAUGUUGCUGCUGUGAACAGUGAAGGUGAAGUCCCAGCUGACCUUGCAGAGGAAGCAGCCAUGAAAGAUUUGCUUUUGGAACAAGUAAAGAAACAAGGGGUGGAUCUUGAUCAGGCCAGAAAAGCAGAAGAACAACAAAUGUUGCAGGAUGCCCGACAGUGGCUAAAUAGAAGGAAAAUUGAAGAGAAGAAGCACCCUCGAACAGGGGCUACUGCUCUCCAUGUAGCGGCAGCUAAAGGCUACUGUGAGGUGAUGAGACUCUUGAUCCAAGCUGGGUUUAAUAUAAAUGUUCAGGACAAUGAUGGAUGGACACCACUCCAUGCUGCUGCACACUGGGGGGUGAAAGAAGCUUGCACUAUCUUGGCUGAAGCACUCUGUGAUAUGGACAUCAGGAAUAAACUG